UAAAUUUUUCUGGCAUUAAAAACUAGUUGGACAAUGUGUAAUGAUCUAAUUUCUUUAAUAUCUUAUGCAGAGAAACCAUAUACUUCGAUUAUGUUUUGAUCUCAUAAAAUAUUAUUUCCUAAUUUCAUGAUAUGGCAUUUCUACCUUUUUGUCUAACUGUAUAUUGAUGUAUGUAAGUUUCUUGAAUAUGAAGAAUUUGAGGCUUGCUAAGGAUGAGAUCUCUCUAUUACGAGAGAAAGACUUCAAGAUCAUGCUACGCCAAAAGAAGCUUUACUUGGUUCUCGAUUUAGAUCAUACGUUACUUAAUUCUACUCGAUAUAACGAUAUCACCAAGGGAGAAGGACAUUUACAGGGACAAAGGUAUACUCUGCCAGAUGCACUGAAGAGCAGCCUAUUUAGCCUGGACUCGAUAUGCACGAUGACAAAGCUUAGGCCUUUCGUGAACACCUUUCUCAAGGAAGCUAGUAAAUUGUUCAAAAUGUAUAUUUACACAAUGGGAGAACGUGUCUAUGCAUUGAAAAUGGCAAAGCUUCUCGACCCAGACUAUACUUACUUCAAGUCUAGAGUUAUAGCACGAGGAGAUUGUAACCUUAGUGAUCGAAAAGGUCUUGAUGUCAUUUUGGGGAAAAAAAGUGCUACCUUGAUCCUUGAUGAUACACAAACGGUAAUCAUCUCAUACCCUGGAAUUUAUGACUUGUGUACUCUCUUUUGGGGAGUGGUUAAUAUAUCAUUCUAAGCCCUUUCAUUUAGUGUAUGUUAUGAAAAACUACCUUGUUCAAAUCCAUCUGUUUAC